AUGCCGUUCGCAACGUUCCUCCUGGGAGACACUUCAAUCCCAGUUUAUGAGCGUCAACAAGCGUUGGACAGAAUAUACUCCGACCCUGGAGUUCCAAAUGACUCGACCACCUCAUCCUUCUGGUUGAAGGACCCUCAUCCGAGGUUCGCCGACCAAAUAUCACAGCCGCUGCCACAAACUGCAGACGUCGUGAUCAUCGGGUCUGGAAUUACUGGUGCAUCGAUUGCCCGGACUCUCCUCCAGAACCGCGCCAAGUCCAAUCCUCCAAACCCCUCCCACCCUGCCGUAGCGGUCCUCGAAGCGCGAGACAUCUGCAGCGGCGCCACCGGUCGAAAUGGUGGCCAUAUCCUCGAGACUGCCGACGAGUAUGCCGAACUGGUCGAUCUGCAUGGCGAAGAAGCCGCGCGCAAAAUCAUCGGCUUUCGGCUGUCGCAUCUGGCGGAGAUGUUGAGCGUGGCGGAAGAAAUGGGCUUGACUGAAGAGACCCAGGCCCGGAAAGUGCAGUUUUUGAGCGCUUACUUCGGAGAGCAGCCUUGGAAGGAUGCGCUGGAGAGGUUCCAGCGGUUCAAGGAAGGAAUGCCAGAAGAAGCAGCCGAAUGGACAGCUUAUGAAGGAGACGCGAUUCCCGAGGAAUUCAAACUGUCGCGCGCGGAUGGCGUCGUUGCUGGUCCGGCUGGCGCUGUGUGGCCCUACAAGUUCGUCACCGGGAUUUUUGCCAGCCUUCUCUCUGAAUAUCCAGAUGAUUUCCGCAUCAACGACCACACCAGUGUCGAGUCCAUUGCGGUCGACGACGCCUCUGAAUACAAAUUCAAGGUCAACACCGAAUAUGGAAGUAUCUCUGCCCGGCAUGUCAUCCACUGUACCAACGCGCACGUCAGCCAUUUAGUCCCAGGUCUACGGGGCCGAAUCUUCCCCGUGCGCGGCCAGAUGUCAGCGCAGACACCUGGCGAGCUGUUUCCACGUCAGGCAGAGAAACAUUCCUGGCUGUUCAAUUACGACCGGGGCUAUGACUACUUGACCCAGCUUCCAGGCGGCCAGAUGAUGUUCGGCGGAGGCGUGUAUAUCGACAUCCAUCUCUCGGGAGCCCUGAGUGCGGUGUUUGGUCGGGAGUCGUGGGGUUGUGUGCCGGGGAGAGCGAUUCAGUCGAUGUGGACCGGUAGCAUGGCGUUCAGUACAGACAGCUUUCCAUGGGUGGGGCGACUACCUGGAUCUGUCACGCAGCGGCCUCUGCCAGAUCCGACUGAAUCGGGAUCUGAGUGGGUGUGUGCUGCAUUUGGCGGUGAUGGGAUGGUCCAGGCCUGGCUUUCGGGCAAGGCAGUUGCAACAAUGUUGCUUUUGGAAGAUGGGCAACUUGCUGAUGGGUCCAGCGCUGAUAUCUCUUGGCUGCCGGAUCAGAUGCUUGUGUCGGAAGAUCGGGUGGCGAGGGCUGAGAUUCCGAGACAUGUCACCGAUACGCGACGACAGUCGAACCUUUAG